AGAAGAGAAGAGGCGACUGUGGGGCCUUGUCUUGUCUUCCACUUUCAAAUGCUAACUUCUCCAAACUUCUCGAGUGAGAGUGAACUUUCUCACAACCCAUAACAAGUACUCAUCCAUCCACCCAUGAUGACAUUGAUCGUUUCUUUCCAAUGGCAACUCUCUCAGCUCUUUCCUUCACAAACACCAUCAGGACUUUCCCACUACACACCCACCGUCUCUCUUUUUCUUUCAGCUCCAAACUCACGUGCAGCAGGUCCUCUCUCAAAGACGACCAACAAACUGACUCUUGUUCCUCUAAUACUACCACGGUUUCUGUUGCACCCGAAAACGAUUCUGAGACCCAGCAGCAGGAAAUGGAUUGGAAGAGCGACGAGGAGUUUAAGAAGUUCAUGGGCAACCCUUCCAUCGAAGCCGCUAUAAAGCUCGAGAAGAAGAGGGCUGACAGAAAGCUCAAGCAGCUUGACAGAGAAACCACCAACACUAACCCUCUUUUCGCCCUCUUCAACAACUUGGUGCGUGAUAACUUGCUCAAUGAAAAGGAGAGGCUGCAAAAAGCUGAACAAACUUUCCAGGCUCUUGAUCUUAACCAGUUAAAGAGUUGCUUUGGAUUUGACACCUUCUUCGCUACCGAUGUUCGAAGAUUUGGAGAUGGAGGCAUUUUCAUUGGCAAUUUGAGGAAACCCAUCGAUGACGUCAUUCCCAAGUUGGAGAAGAAGCUCUCUGAAGCAGCAGGGCGAGAGGUCGUCGUCUGGUUCAUGGAAGAAAAAGCAAAUGACAUUACCAAACAGGCUUGUGUGGUGCAACCCAAAGCAGAAAUGGAUCUCCAAUUUGAGUCAACUAAGCUGAGUACUCCUUUGGGCUAUUUUAGUGCUAUUGCAUUAGCAGUUACUACCUUUGGAACAGUUGCUUUGAUGAGUGGCUUCUUCCUUAAACCCAAUGCUACAUUUGAUGACUAUCUAGCUGAUGCUGUGCCUCUGUUUGGUGGCUUCUUAUUUAUUCUGGGAGUUUCUGAGAUAACCACCAGGGUAACAGCAGCCCAUUAUGGUGUUAAGCUCAGCCCUUCUUUCCUGGUGCCAUCAAAUUGGACAGGUUGCUUAGGAGUGAUGAAUAAUUAUGAGUCACUCCUCCCAAACAAGAAAGCUCUUUUUGAUAUUCCUGUAGCCCGUACUGCUAGUGCAUAUUUAACUUCACUACUGCUUGCUGUUGCUGCAUUUGUGGCUGAUGGAAGCUUUAAUGGGGGCGAUAAUGCAUUGUAUGUACGGCCUCAAUUUUUCUAUAACAACCCCUUGCUUUCUUUCAUCCAAUAUGUUAUUGGACCUUACACAGAUGAUCUUGGAAAUGUAUUACCUUAUGCAGUGGAAGGUGUUGGAGUUCCUGUUGAUCCACUUGCAUUUGCUGGGCUUUUAGGGAUGGUGGUGACUUCUUUGAACAUGUUGCCGUGUGGGAGGCUAGAAGGAGGUCGCAUUGCUCAAGCCAUGUUUGGAAGAAGCACUGCCAUGCUGUUAUCGUUUGCCACUUCAUUGUUACUCGGUGUUGGUGGGCUCAGUGGGAGUGUUCUGUGUUUGGCAUGGGGAUUGUUUGCAACCUUCUUUCGGGGCGGAGAAGAAAUACCUGCAAAAGACGAGAUCAGCCCUAUAGGGGAAAGCAGAUAUGCUUGGGGCAUUGUCCUUGGCCUCAUCUGCUUUCUCACACUUUUCCCUAAUGGAGGAGGAACAUUCUCCAGUGCUCCAUUUUUCAGGGGGUGAAUUCUAAAUGUAAUAAUUGUAUCUCUGCUCACUAGAACUAUAAAUUUAUAGUUCAGUUGGCGUGUUUGUCAUAGUUGUAAUUGUAAUUAUAAGUUGCAUGAAGUGCGAGAAAAAUAAGAAUUUAUUCUUCUUAUUACUUUGAUAAAUGCAUAAAUUAUUAGUAUACUUGAAGGAUGCGAGAACAUAGUGGAAGGAUGAGUGGAGGUGUAAGAAAUGCUUUACUUUAAACAUACUCCAUAUAUAAAUAAAAUAAAAAUGCGACAGCAUAGUAUUUGUUGUU